AUGAUCAACGCAGUGCUGGUUUACUCCGCUCGCGGGGAAUUGAUCGUUUCCAAGAUGUUCAAACCCACUUUGAAACGGUCCGUCGGCGAUAUCUUCAGGGUACAGGUCAUCAACAGCCUGGACGUGCGGUCCCCCAUCCUCACACUCGGGUCCACGACGUUCCAUUACGUGAGGACACCAGGGGAGGGGCUCUGGGUGGUCUCCGUCAGCAGGAACAACGAGAACAGCGCGGCCACAUGGGAGUUUCUGUACAAGUUCGCAACGAUGCUCGCCGCGUACAGACUGGACUCAGAGGAGGUUCUCAAGGAGGAGUUCAUGCUAGCGUGGGAGUUGCUUGAUACUAUGGUCGAGGGGGGAGGGAUCCCCUCAGAGACGGACCCGCACAGGAUCAUCAGCGCGAUGUCCGUGAAACCCGCGAUGUCGCCGGUCGAUGUCAGAGCGGACGCUAGACAACAGCAAACGACGACCUCGACGGGGGCAUUCGGGCACGCGUUCCCACAGCUGCUCCAUAGGGCGAGCAACCCGGGCGGGAUCAGCAUUCUGCCGCACGCAACGGGGGACGGCGCGCAGCUCAAGAGGAACGAGAUCGUCAUGGUCGUGCAGGAGUCUAUCAGCAUCCUCGUUUCGAAAGACGGGUCCAUCCUCAAGGCGUACGUCGACGGUGGGAUCGACUUGACGACGAAACUGGAAGGUGCAGCGGUAUGCCAGUUCGGUCUGAACGACUCCCUGAGCACGGACAACUCGAGCAACUCCAAAUGGGACCCGCUGCGGUCCAAGGAGACACAGGGCACAAACCUCGAAAUGAAGAACGCACACGUCGGGACCGUGCUCCUCAGAGACUGCAAGUUCCACCAGUGCGUCUCCCUGGAGAGAUUCGACCGCGACAGGAUCAUCAGGUUCACCCCGCCAGAGGGGACCAUUGAGCUAAUGAAGUAUCAUGUCAGGGAUAACCUCAACUUGCCCUUUAAAGUGACGUCGAUGGUCAUCCCGACAGCGAACAACGAAACAGACUACAGAGUCACGAUCAAGUCGCUGUUCCCGGGGAAACUGUCCGCGAAGAACGUCACCAUGAGGAUCCCAGUGCCCCCGGGGACACUCGACUGUAAGAUCAACGUCUCAAACGGGAACUGCAAGUUCCUGCCCGAGGAGAACGCAAUGGUGUGGAAGUUCCACAAGUAUAACGGGCUCACGGAGAACAAACUCAGUGCUAUAACAGUGCCCACAAGGGACACCACACAGCUUGCACUGCAGCAGUGGUCGCGGCCGCCCAUCUCUUUGGACUUCGAGAUCUUGAUGUACAGCAACACGGGCCUCGUAGUGAGGUACUUUACCGUGCUCGACAAGCACAACAACAACACCAAAUUCAAGACAGUGAAGUGGAUCAAGUAUGUGUCACACUCUGGAUCCUACGAGGUACGUUACUGA